UGAACAAUUGAAUUUUGUAUUUUCAGAAAGUCUAAAGAUUUAUCGAGUCGACGCAUGGCUUCGAUUAUAUUACGCCGAACCAAUUUUUACGCCAGUAGACUCUUUUUAACAGCGGCUGCAGCUCUGAGUGUAGCUCCAAAGAUACUUACGGCCGAGUUCUGCAGUACUGGAAAGUGCAAUGAUGAAGUUGAGAAAGCCAAACUCGCCUCCGUGGCGGCUGAGAAAUAUCAGCCCCAAGACACAAUUUUCGGCAAGAUCUUGCGAAAAGAAAUUCCUGCUGAUAUAAUUUAUGAAGACGAUAAGGCUAUUGCUUUCCGCGAUGUCAAUCCUGUGGCACCCACACAUGUUUUGGUGAUUCCACGUAAACCUAUAACACAACUAGCGGCAAGCACUGAAGAAGACAUUCCUCUUUUAGGUCAUUUGCUGUGGGUAGCAAAGAAAGUUGCUGAGCAAGAAAACCUGAAAGAUAGUGGAUAUAGGAUUGUGAUCAAUAAUGGACGUGAUGGUGCUCAAUCAGUGUAUCACCUUCAUAUUCAUGUUAUUGGUGGACGACAAAUGUCCUGGCCACCUGGCUGAUUGAGACAUUGAAUCUACAAAACCUCAGGGAGACACAUCCAUCACCUUUAAUAUAGUAAAAUUUGUGAUUGCUAUAGAUUAGUUUAUACCACACAAGUAAAUAGUACUUUUCAUGCAUGUUGAUUAUCUAGCUUGGAAGUGAUUAGCCAGUUACAAUUCACCUCUGAGCAGCCCAGUUGAAACAAAAUGGCUUCACUGCACGUUAUAGGUGCCUGAAUGGAACUAAUUUUAGUAAGAAAAGCAGGUUCUACAAAAAUUACAUAACUUGGCAGCAAAGAUUGGUUUUAUGACACUAAGUUGAUGGUAAUGACAUCUUUCCAACUUUGUAUUCUGAAACAAAAAUAAAAUCUUUUUUGAAUUGUUGGUCACCAUGUAAGUAAAAGAUGAAACAUGUAAUGUUUUGCUGUAUUUUCAAACAAGUGAAAACAGCAAUUGAAGAAAUAGCAUCUGGAAAGAUAUGUAUGAGUAUCAAGAAGUUGCAGUUAUCUGUUGAAAAGAAAGAUGGGAUUAUUUCCGUAAGAAAAUGCUUACCAUACAUUUUUGCCAUUUUGAUUUCUCCACCUUAUGUCAGUUUACUAACUAUUCAACUUGUGUGGUAUUUCCAAAAAAACCUAUUCAUCUCAUUUAAGGUCCACAGUAAAUUGUGCACAUUUGAAAGCUAUGGAAAAAUAGUAUUAAACCACAAAUUUCAUCUCAGGAUUUCUCUCCAGUAGGGAACUGUUCCAUUUUAUUUCAACCCUGCAAAGAGGGGUUAGAAAAUUAUUAUUUGGAGUUACAUAAGUCAAAGAGAAAUAAAGACUAUUUUUGGUCCCUUCUUAA